AUGAGAUUGCUGAAAUUGUUAAGUGCAUUGUACUUGAUAAUAGGUAUUGCAAGAUCUAGUAGUGUUAGUAGUGAUUAUGAUGGUGAAUUUGAACCGAGGGCACCCUUGGGAGAAAAAGAGUUCAGACAAGAGUUAAAGAGUGGAUUACAUCUGGUAGAAUUCUAUAGUCCAUACUGUCCUCACUGUCGUGACUUUGCACCAACUUGGCAUGAAACGUGGAGGAAAUUUCGUAAAGAAGGGGAGAGGUUAAACAUUUCAUUCGUUCAAGUUAACUGCGUUAAAGACGGUGAUCUAUGUUAUGAUGAAGCUAUAACGGAAUAUCCUGCCAUUAAAUUAUAUGGUCCAGAAGGGUUUAUUAAGAAUUAUCCAAAUGAGUAUGAAAGGACAGAGGGAGAUCUGAUUAACUUUGCUCGUCAAGAGGCCUUAGAUCCAAUAAAUAUGGAGGCAACAGAUUUAGAAAUCUCGAGUAAAUUUUUAAAUGCACAGGAUUUUAACGAAUUAUUAGCUGGUAAAGGGAAGCAACCUUAUUUAGUAUCGUUCUGGCCAAGUGAUGAUCAUGAAGAUCCAUUAGCUGGAAGUAAGAGUUACGAUUUUUGUCCAGAAUGCCAAACUUUCCAAAAACUUUGGCCUCAGAUUACCAAAAAAUUGUUGCUUCAAGGUGUUGCAACCGGUCAUAUCAAUUGUGAAACUUUACCCAAUUUAUGUCAUGAAAUGGAGUUCCACAAAUUGGUUAAUGGUGCACAAGCAGUGGAUAAUUACCCACGAGUUGCCCUAGUACUCCCAGGUAAGGGUGUAAACAAUCUUUUUAUCUAUGAAAACGGAUUUUCUAGUUCUGUCUGGUCCUAUGAAGAUUUUGCAGUUAGAGCCAUUUCUAACUCUGAAGCACCAGAAAUCACACUUGAACAAAUUGUGGAAUUAGUCCGUCAAGAUUUCCAAUUUCCUGAAAGCAAGAAUCUUCCCGUUCCAUCUCAGGCUCUCCACGUUGUUUUCGCUUACAGUCCUGAAAAUGUAGUAACUGAGGAUUUCCACGUUCUUGAACACUUGGUUAAGCAUUUGGCUAAAGUUCCUAAUGCGUAUUUACACAAAUCGAAGGAUGAUGUUUCCACGGCGGCAAAGGUUAGUUUGGACUACAUGUAUGAAAAAAUAAAUUAUAACAGAAGUGAGCCUGUAAAGUUACCAAAGACUGAUUAUUUGGAAUUGAAUUUAGUUCCUCAGAGUCCUACUUUUUACAUCUUCAAAGAAGGUGAUUGGGUACCUCAUUUAUAUGUUGGAGAUUCUACAACAGAGACAAGAAACGUUGAAGCUUUGGCUAAAUGGUUUAAUGAAUCUGCAUUACCUGUAAUCAGUGAAGUGACACCUUAUAAUUUCGGUCAAUUGUUGAGUUUCCAACCUUCUGAUUAUGAUGCGGUGGCAAUCCAGCUGGUCGACCUGACUGAUGCUGAAAGUAUUAAAACAAGCAACGAACAGUUGAAAAAUUUCAUUAAGGCGGCUUAUGACUACGAAGAUGUUAGAAUGCAAAAUGUGGUCAACGUACGUGCUGAGAAAAGAGCUAAUAAGAAUAAAAGAAUCAAAGAAUUGAAAGCUGCUAAAGCAUCUUCUGAUAAAAUUGGCAAAGUUUACCAUGAGGAAAUUAAAUUUGAAGAUAAAAACAAAGUAAUUCUGGGUUAUGUGGAUAUUUCUAAAGGACCGCAUGUUCUAGAAGAUCUCGGAUUCCAUAGGGGUAGAGAUGACUAUAAGAGUGGUGACGUUCUUGUGGUUGAUAGUUACUCUAGCGCCUUUACGGAGAAGGAUGUUUUUGGUAAUAGAUUAACAACAGAUUCAAUGUAUGCAUUAAGGGAGACUUUAGUCAAGCUAAUUUUACCAGAACUAUCACAUUUCCAUGAACGUUUAGAAUCUCAAGAAUUAUCCUUCAACUAUAGCAGAGGGUUGGAUAUCUUUGAACCCAUGAGAAAGCAUAAAGUAUGGCGCUAUUUCUUCAUCGUUGGUGCUCUUGUUCUAAUCGUCAAGGCACCAUCAUUUUACAAGAAAUUCAAGUCUAAUAAGAAGUAUAAGGCCAAAAGAAGUACUGUUGGAAUAUUAGGGCAACCUAGCAAAAGAUCAAAGGACUAA